AUGGCUAACCAUCAGGCUCGCCAGAGUGAAAGCAGCGAACGAACAGUGGUACCAGAACCGCAACUAACAAAGAAAAAAUCGAAUCUUACCAACUAUCUACGAGUUUUUACUUAUGCGACAAGAUGGGACCUUUGCGUGUAUGUUGUUGGCGCACUGGCGUCUAUUGGAGUCGGCGUGACGACGCCAUUGAUGAACGUCGUCCUGGGACAACUCGUUGGCGAUUUCAGCGACACAGUCCAAGAUCCAUAUAACAUGGACUUGGGCAGCUUCAAGUCAAUGCUGCAAAAACAGUCUUUGUACAUCGUUGGACUCUUCCUGGGCCGUUGGCUUCUAAACUCGAUCAACAAAUUCUGCUUCAGGAUGAUUGGAAUUCGUCUAUCAUCAGCGAUUCGCCAUCACUAUUUACGAUCACUAUUUGCUCAGUCUAUUCAUGUAAUCGACUCGAUGCCUCCAGGCGCUGCUGCAACUGCUAUCACUGCAACAUCUAAUACUUUACAAAUCGGAGUAUCGGAACGUCUGGGAACUUUCGUAACAUACGUGUCCACCAUCAUUGCCGCCAUAGCUGUUGCAUUUACUUGGAGCUGGAGUCUAACGGUAGUUUCAGCUUCAUUGCUUCUAUAUAUCGCUAUCAUCAUUGCUAUCGUUGUGCCGAUAUACCUCAAGGCAAAUGCUGCUACGCUCGAAGCAGAUGCACAAGGAACGGCCAUCGCAAGUGAAGCUCUGCAAGGGAUUCGGCUAGUCAAUGCAUGUGGCGCUCACGAGCGCAUCAUAUCUAGGUACAGUAAAUGGGUUGACAAGGCUAUGAAACGGUCGCAAAGGGUUGCUCCCAUUAUUGGCGCUCAGACGGGCUUAGUAUUCUUUGGCAUAUUCGGUGUAUUUGGCCUUGCAUUCUGGUACGGCACCAAUCAAUUUAUCCAUGGUGUCAUCGAGAAUGUGGGCGUAGUCAUUAUUGUGUUGACCUCGGUCAUGCUGAUACUAUUUGCCUUCUCAUACCUUGAACAGCCAAUCAUGGCCAUAAGUCAGGCUAUGGUUGCUUCCACUGAACUGUUCAAAGUAAUCGACGCCCCUUUGCCCCCGUCGGGUUCUCUCACUCCUGAUAUCACUUCGAAAGAUCUAAUAUUCGAGGAUGUAACCUUUGAGUAUCCAAGUCGGCCUGGAGCUCGAGUGUUGGACGGUCUUUCAUUCCGCAUUCAAGCGGGUCAGAAUACUGCACUUGUUGGCCCAUCUGGUUCUGGAAAGAGCACGAUUGUUGGUCUCUUAGAGAGAUGGUACUCUUUGAAGCAUUCUCAAGCCCUCCCGGAAGCAGCCACACUACCUUCCUCGAAGGAUGAUAGUCACGGCAAGACAAAACAUGAGCGAAGCACAUAUGAAGUACCCAUCAUAUCGCCGACUAACCUGACUGGUGGUUUGUCCGGAUCUAUCAGCAUUGGUGCUCACGACUUGGAUGACCUCGAUGCAAAGUGGUGGAGAGCACAGAUUGGGUUAGUUCAGCAGGAACCUUUUCUAUUUAACAGCUCCAUCUUUGAUAACGUGGCGAAUGGUCUUCUCGGUACCGAAUGGGAGAAUGAGUCCGAGGCUAAGAAAAGGGAAAUGGUUCAAGAUGCAUGCCAAGAAGCAUAUGCUCAUGAGUUCAUCUGCCGUCUACCAGAUGCGUACGACACACGCGUAGGAGACGGCGGCGCAAAACUGUCUGGAGGCCAGAAGCAACGUAUUGCUAUUGCCCGCAGUAUCGUCAAAAGGCCACAAAUCAUGAUUCUCGACGAAGCCACCUCUGCAAUUGAUGCAAAAAGCGAGAAAAUCGUUCAAGCAGCCCUCGAUCGAGCCACUAAAACACGUACAACUAUUACUAUUGCCCAUCGUCUUUCCACCAUACAGAAGGCAGACCAUAUUGUCGUGCUCAGCAAGGGUCGUGUUGUCGAGGAGGGCACACACAAGAGUCUUAUGGAGCACGAAGAUGGGGUGUACUACAGUUUGGUUCAGGCACAAUCACUUCGACUGUCAACAUCAACCACGGAUGACACAGAUCCUGACGUCCCAGCCACGACAUAUGUCGAGCUGAAGAGUGCUGCUGUCGAUAUUGAACAACCAUUGGAAAUUCACAAUAAUACCAAUAGUGGCCCUGAUACUGAGCCUGAGGUACUACGAACAUUAACCCAGUCUUUUAUAAAGCUGCUUCGUGGUCUUCGCUCACAGUGGCCCUCCUUUCUCCUUAUUGCGAUCGCAUCUAUCGGUGUUGGCGCAGCCACCCCGCUCCAAGCCUGGCUCUUCGCCAAAGCUGUUAUUGUCUUCGUCUCAUCUAGUGACGAUUUGAAGGAAGAGGGCGAUUUUUGGGCAUUCAUGUGGCUCGCGCUAGCAGGAGGUGUCGGUAUUGCUUACUUCUUUCAAUGUUGGACCAGCCUGAAUCUUCAAUAUUAUGUUGGCGCAACAACAAGACAAAGUUACCUCCGCGACAUGUUACAUCAAGAACUAAGUUUCUUUGACGACGACAGUCGCUCUUCAGGCGCUUUGAUUGGGCGCAUCGCGGGUGAUCCCAAGCAAGUGGAGGGGGUCUUCGGGAUGAACUUAGCUUCCGCAACUAGCAGCGUUUUCACUAUCGCCGGCUGUCUCAUCAUCUCACUCACAUUUGGGUGGAAGCUUGGUCUUGUAGGAUUAUGCGUCACAGUCCCUAUAAUGAUGGUGUCGGGGUUUUGGAAGUUUCGGCAUGAACUCCAGUUUGACCAAAUGAAUGCAGCUGUGUUCGCAGAGAGUUCGCAGUUUGCUUCAGAGGCUAUCGGAGCUAUGCGAACAGUAUCAUCACUUACCAUGGAAUCCGCUAUCAAUAACCGGUACAAGCAACUAUUAGACGGCCAUGUUGAAGCAGCGCGGAGAAAGGCUCAAUGGACUGCUGUUAUUUUCGGCUUUGCUGAGAGCGCUACACUUGGAUGCCAAGCACUUAUCCUCUGGUAUGGAGGUAGACUAAUCUCCAGUGGAGAAUAUAGCCUUGAGUCUUUUAUGGUCUCUUACAUGGCUAUCAUCAACGGCGUGGAAUACGCUGGCCAAAUACUAGGCGUAGCUCCGAGCGCUGCACAAGCCGCUGCUGCAGCAAACCGUAUCCUUGAUGUUCAAGACUCCAAUCGGUCCCCCCAAGAGGCAGCAAAGAGUGGCCCGACAGUGGAUGAUACGGAAGGCGGAGUAGAAAUUGAACUCCGCAAUGUUUCCUUCAAGUAUCCCACACGAAAUGUCUCUAUAUACAAUAACCUAGGCCUUACUAUCAAGAAGGGUCAGUACGCAGCUCUUGUCGGGCCAUCCGGGUGUGGGAAGACAACCAUAAUCUCUUUACUGGAACGGUUCUAUGACUUGGAGCCAAACCAUGGCGAGAUCCUCUGGAAUGGGACGAAUAUCAACGAUUUCGGCGUCUACCAGUAUCGGCAACAUUUGUCCCUUGUUUCUCAAGAACCCAUUCUCUUCCGAGGGACUAUAAGGGAUAAUAUUUUAUUUGGAGUGGCUGACCCGAACUCCGUCUCAGAGGAGAGAAUUCACGAGGUUUGCCGUGAUGUCUACAUUCACGAGGUUAUCGUCUCAUUUCCAGACGGGUACAACACCGAGGUCGGUGCCAUGUCCCUAUCUGGUGGUCAGAAGCAGCGCAUUGCUAUCGCCCGCGCCUUGAUUCGUGAUCCGAAACUUCUCCUGCUUGAUGAAGCCACCUCAGCAUUGGAUUCUGAGUCGGAGAAGAUUGUACAAUCAGCGUUUGAAAAAGCGCGAAAAGGAAGAACUAUGGUUGCUGUGGCACAUCGGCUUGCGACAAUACAAGAUGCUGAUAUCAUUUUCGUGUUUGAUCAAGGUAUGGUAGUGGAGAAAGGCACCCACAGCGAGCUUCUUCAAAAACGCGGUAUAUACUGGGAUAUGUGCCAGACCCAAGCUCUGGAUCAAUAA